AUGUACUCCCCCCAAUAUCCCGCACCGCCCCCGGGCUACUCGCCUUACGAGUAUCUGCGAACGCCUCCAAUGUCUCCGAAUGGAGCAUACUACGGCUACUCUCCCCGAUACUCUGUUCACACCGCGACGCCAUCACCUCGCGCGUCGCCACAAACACAUGCGCGCCGAAAGAGCCAGGACCCGUCCAGCUAUGCCUACGGAUCGCCUCGAGGGCCGGCCUACUACACCCAGUACUCCUCGCCACGGUACUUUGCUUCGCAGCAAUCAACGCCUCAGCGCAAUGCCGACUAUGUAAGUAGCCACCACGAUCGUGACAGGAGCGACUCUCGACGCUUCUGGGCACCCUCGGACGGCAUGCGCAGCAAGCAGUACCACUCGUGGGGUCACGGCAAGCAUCGGUCGCAGAGCGCCUACACCUGGGUCGUCGAAGACGAGUACAGCAGCGAAGAGGAUUACCUCUACGACGAACCUCUGCCGCCUUACGAACAGUAUCAGAGGUACAGUGGCGCUGACCACUACUACUACGGCCAGGUUCCCAUCUACGAGCCAGAAGCUACACCACGCCGGUCGCACGCUCGUCGCUCAUCGCACACGCCUCGAGCUGCUUCGACGCCGCAGAAACCGCGACCCUCGACGGCGAAGUCGCCUCCCAAGGCAACAGAGGAGGACGCGCGUAACGCGGGCAUACCGGCAGGCUACUCGUACAAGAACUGGGAUCCGACCGAGGAACCGAUAUUGCUAUUGGGCAGCGUCUUUGACGCUAACUCACUAGGCAAAUGGAUUUAUGACUGGACCGUCUUCCACUACGGCGCCGCGACGCCUAUGUCCGAGGUGGCUGGCGAGCUCUGGCUAUUACUCAUACAACUAGCCGGCAAGACGAAGCGAGCUGAAGAGGUCAUGCCGAAGAUUAGAAAGCAGGAAUGCAAGGACAUGGUGGAAGAGUUUCUCGAAAGUGGCGAACGGCUGUGGAUCCGAUUCGCCAAGCUGCUCAAGAUCUGCGAGGACUACAUGAUGAAGGCCGCUAGGCGAGAGAGCGGCGAGAAGAAGCCCGUCCAGAUGGGCAAGAACAGUGGCUGUGAGUUUGUCGAUUCCAUCUUCGGACGGGAUCGCAAGCUGGAAGAGACGGAGAAGCUGAUGACUGGUAUGCGCCUGUGGAGCAUGCGCUUCGACGCGAACUGCGAUGACAUCCUGCGCAAUCCUGCUGCCUAG